AGGGUGUGAUACUCUCUUCAAAUGAUUGAAAUUUACUAAGCCCACUUCAAAAGUUGACCCUCAAAACUCCAUGGCACCACCCCUAUAUGGCCUUGUGCAUAUCUCCUCGCUUCUCUCCCUAUAUAACAAAGCACAAAGCCACGCCUCUCUCUGUCUAUCUCUCUCUCUCUCUCUCUCUCUCUCUCUCUUUCUCAUUGAAAGAUAAACAAAGAAGCAAGUAUGGAGGAAUACUUCUUGCAGUGGUUUUGGCCUCUCUUCUCAUUCAUGGCUCUAGUGUUUGUGUUGAAGGUUGUGGAUUAUCUUUGGUGGAGACCCAAGAGAAUUGAGAAACACUUCUCCAAGCAAGGUAUCAGAGGACCCCCAUAUCAGUUCUUCAUAGGCAACAUAAAGGAGAUUGUGGGGCUGACCUUGAAGACUUCAUCUCAGCCCAUGCCUCUCUCUGAUCACAACAUCCUCCCCAGAGUUCUUUCCUUCUAUCAUCACUGGAAGAAAAUCUAUGGUGCAACCUUCCUGGUAUGGUUUGGACCGACAUCUCGCGUCACCAUCUCAGAUCCAGUACUCAUUCGAGAAAUAUUUAUCUCCAAAGCAGAAUUCUAUGAGAAAAAUGAGUCACACCCUCUUGUCAGAAAGCUUGAAGGUGAUGGCUUGUUGACCCUCCAAGGAGAAAAAUGGGCUCACCAUAGAAAGAUCAUCUCACCAACCUUUCACAUGGAGAAUGUCAAACUAAUGAUUCCAACCAUGGGAAAAACCAUGGCGGCAAUGUUGGACAAGUGGUCAACAAUGGCGAAUUCAGACGAGGUGGAGAUCGAAGUCUCAGAAUGGUUUCAAAGAUUGACUGAAGAAGUGGUUACCAGAACAGUCUUUGGGACCAGCUAUGAAGAUGGAAAAUCAAUUUUCCAGUUGCAAGCCCAACAAAUGGUAUCUGCCAUAGAGUCCUUUCAAAAGGUCUUCAUCUCUACGUACAGAUUCCUUCCCACCAAAAAGAACAGAGAUUCUUGGAAAUUGGAUAAAGAAAUCUCAAAAUCUUUAGUAGAACUCAUAGAGCGGAGGAGAAAAUAUCCAGUGGCAAAUUCAUGCUCGGAAGAUUUGUUGGAGGUGAUGAUCAGGGCAAGUAUAAUGGAAGAUAAUAUUGAAACAAUAAACUCCAAUUCUUCGGUUUCUUCUUCUUCUUCUUCUUCUUCGUCGUCGUCAUCUCCGAUCACAGUUUUUGACAUUGUUGAAGAAUGCAAGAGCUUUUUCUUCGCCGGAAAACAUACGACGGCGAAUUUGUUGACAUGGACAACAAUUCUCCUAGCAAUGCACCCUCAAUGGCAAAAAUUGGCUAGGGAAGAGGUCUUGAGAGUGUGUGGGGCACGUGACAUCCCAAGCAAAGAUGAUUUUUCAAAGCUUAAGACGCUGGGUAUGAUCCUGAACGAGUCACUGAGACUGUACCCACCAGCAGUGGCCACGAUCAGACGGGCCAAAGCUGAUGUUCAUCUUGGAGGGUGUAUGAUGAUCCCUCGUGGGACCGAGCUCCUCAUCCCCAUCUUAGCCGUCCAUCACGACCCAGGGCUGUGGGGCCAAGAUGCCAAUGAAUUCAACCCCGCUCGAUUCUCGCAAGGUGUGGCCCACGCUGCCAAGCAUCCCAUGGCAUUCCUACCCUUCGGGCUUGGUGCCCGCAGGUGCAUCGGCCAAAACCUAGCCAUUUUGCAGACGAAAUUGGCCAUGGCUAUGAUCCUGCAACGCUUCUCUUUCAGUCUGGCUCCCACCUACCAACAUGCACCAAUGGUUCUAAUGCUCCUACAUCCACAGUCUGGUGCACCCAUAAUUUUUCGUGAAUUAUCAGACACCAUGAACUAUUCAUAGCCAUGGAUCAUAUAUAUAUAUAUAUAUAUAUAUAUAUAUAUUCGUAUUAACAAGCUUUUAGAUGAAGAAUUAAUAAUUUAUGUUUUGAUCAUGUGAGUGGAUAGGAUUGUUGAGUGGUUUAAUACAUUUGGUUUAUUUUUACCAUAGGAUUAAAUUUAAUGUUAUUGUCUCCUUGAUUGACCCA